UGUUGUUAUUGUCGUUCACAUAACCACUUUCUCUAUUAAUAAACUCAGCAUCUAUCUGCAACGAGGGAUCGACUCUUGAUGCUGCUGCUCGGCCUCCUGCUACAGCAAUCACUGUUAGCAACGCCGCACAGAAAUCGCCGCGGCGUGCGUCUGCUGGUCCUUUCCAAGUUAGAUCUUACACCUUUUUUCGGCACUGCUAGGGUGCCUGCAACAUCGCCACGAUGUUUCCAUCCCUGCGCUUCGCUGUACUCUUGAUUCGUAAACUAUACACACCAGACUUCUUUUAAUGUUUUCAGCCAAUGCUGCCGCCGUGACUCAGGGGUCACCCAUCUCAAGCACACAACCUGAUUACCAUCCACUUUGGUGCUCGGUGGGUUGUUGUAGUCACAAUUUGCGGUUACUUGAUCAGGUUGGUUGAUGUAGUGCUGAGAAUGUUAAAUCGUCUACGGCAUUGCAGAACUUGCUGGGGGUUCGUGGGCAGUAGUUUGCUGCAGUGGUAACAGGCACAAUCUGAUGAGUGUUGAGCAGAGCCGGUUUGCGAAUGCUAGAGUGCGGACUCACCGUAGAUCUUCUCAGGACAGCUUGAGAUACCACUUGGAAGCCAUGACACGUUUACUGUUUUUGUAUUUGUGCGGCGUGCAUGGUUGAAGGGAAUGACAUCGUGGCAGGCAGGGGCAUUGGAAUUUGACGGCGAUGAGCUUGAGGAGACGUCAGAAAAGUCUCCUGGAGUAGGUUGGAGGUGUUUCAGAGGCGCUUUGUGCGAGUAAGAAAAGUGUUCUGGAAGUGAUAGGGUUGCUCUUGUCAUCACGUAUUGCAAAAGGUACCAGAAGCUACGCUAGUGUGCUACCAUAUCACAAGGGAAGCCCGACUAUCUAUGAAUAGCUCUUGUUACGACGCAGUAAGGUAUCGGAUUAAGGCAAGCAAUGGCGGACUCAUAGUGCAGUUAGUGACAUUGGAAGCAAACGUCGAAUAACGGGAUUUCACGAAGAGGGUAGGGCUUCUGGCGUUCUGAUCUCGAGGUUUUGCUUUGGUUGAUGAAUUCAUGAACAAGUUCAAAGAUGGAUUCCCACUCUAGAAAUUUAGGUGAUAUAUUCCGAAUUCCGCCCCCUUCUCCCUCUCGUCGUGAUUACUCCCUUCGAAGUUGCACACCAAAGGAUAGCAAUACCGAAACAAGUCGUCCUCAGUCUCCCUGGAGUCCCUGUGACUUGCAGUUGCCUAGUCGGGAGGUAAAUAGAUUCAGCCUCUACGAAUCAAAUCCUCCAGCUCUUAAUCGAUCCACUUAUUACAGCGGUCCACUUUCCACUCCACCGAAGGGGACAGACAGAUCUUACUACAGUGGCCCUCUUCCAAGUCCAAGCCCUCUUCCAUCUUACUUCAAUAGUCCUUUACCUGGUUUCUCCACCACCACGACAGAGGCCUUCGAGUUCCUUACUGGAGCUAGGACUCACUUCCGGUGGUCAUUCAGCGAUGGUUCGGAAUCACCGGAAGUAGAAUUCAACCGCGAAAUCAGUUUUAGAGAGGAUAAGGCAGAGGCAUGUGACCCAGUGGAAGGUAAUGAUGAUACUGCGUCUUUAGAAGAUGGACCAUGUCCCUUGAAUUCCUCGCCAUCAGUGUCGAACAUCGGUGAAGGAUCAGAAAAGCAGAUACCGAAUGGAAGGGAUCAUGAUUAUGUACGCCAUGAGUUUGGGAUUGCUGACGAGGUUGCGCAGCACAAGGCUGACAUGGGAAGGGCAUCGCAGAUCUGUGAGCUUACAGAACUAAACACACAUACUGACGAAAUAUAUGAUUUGCAACAUGUGGCUCGGAAUGAAGACAAAGAUUCGAAAGCCGCUGGAGUUACGAUUGACCGCAAGCAUAAACCAUUUGGGUCCAUUGCGUGGGACAUCUUGGACGAUGACAAGAAUGAGAUUGCAAUUUCUCAUUUGGCUAUGGUGACUGUCCCUUUUAAGUGGGAGAAGACCCCUGGGAAGGUGCAUUCACGGAAUUCUUCGACUUCAACAGAAUCAUAUGUCAAUGAGAUAAAGGUGAAGGACAGCAGUGUGGCCUUCAGUUUUGGAAGAGACCGCGGGUUUUAUGGCGGCAUUGAGAAGGGAUCCGAGAAGGCAAGGAAUAAACCAUUAAAUGAAGAAGUUGGUGCAUCCGACGUUAACCUUGUUGCUCCGGCUAUGAAUGUUUUGGAAUCAUCAACUCCACCCCCGAAGCCUAUACCCCAGAAAGCCCUUCGUUCCGCAGUGCCGUUUAAGUGGGAGAAAGAGCCUGGAAAAGCGAAAUUCGAGGACAGGGCCAUCCCUGAAGCAGUUUCGGCACUGUCAUUGCCGCCAAGGCUCGUCUCUGCAGCUGUCAAACGAAACAGCUCGAGUGCGUCUGCGACAUCCACCAAGAGUCGCAGCAAGUCGAUCACAUCAGGGAUUCGAGUUCGGCCCGCCAAUCGAAAAUCUGCUAAUGCAACAGAAGCCGACAGUUGCCGUCAAUCGCAGGGGGAAUCACUAUCUCCUCCAUCGACGCCGCUGGGAGUACUCUCGCGUCUCACUCUAUCUACAACCUUUUCUUCUGGCCCAUUAGAUGGUAAAGCAAGGCCGAGUCAUGCUUCAGGCAGAACCUCAUUAGUCUCGAAAUCAGGACCAAUCACGCAGUUCGGGACACCGCAGUAUGAAAGUGAGGAAUUCUACUGCGAGGGUCGCUUAAACUCAGUCCGUUCCCCUACCAGCACACUAUCUGGUCCUGAUAGUGUCCCCUCGUGUAACUUUGACAAACGUAGCCACAAAUAUCCGAGUGUGACAUGCUCACACUCAUCGUCGGGCGUCUCGGCCGAGUUGUUAGAGUAUUGGUCAUACGUAACUCUACCCAGUUCUUCAUCGCCAUCAAGGCAUCCUUCCAAUGACUCCGAAUCUCGUGCCUCCCCUCAAAUGGUUUCUGUCGAAGACAGAGACGAUGUCAAAACAUCAAACAAUGGAACACUGAUCAAGCUGCGUAGGAAAUCGCACACACAGUUGGCAAGUUCUAAGCCUCCAAUGAGCCCUAUCCGUUCCUCUCAAACUGCGCCUGCUUCGCCUUCGCGGACCGAAGAGGUAAAUGGAUACUCAUCGCACUAUGAGGAAUUUUUCAACGGUAAAGGUAGCGGUUCAUCCUCAACGUCUCCCUCGGAACUCGAGGACGAGCUCCCAUGCGCCCAGGAGGAAGUAUUGAUAGAUCUCGAACCCCCGACACGACUACCAUACACGAUUCCAUCUCCUCUUGCUCAAUGCGUCGUGGUGGAGUCUGAACCUCUUUCACCAACUCCAGUCGCCUCCAAAUCCUCCGCUUGCUUGUCCAAAUUACGAUUCAAAAGUGGACGUGGAUCAAACACGACGCCAUGCUUGUGGGUGCAGAACUGCUCCUAUAAUGCAAAAACUAGAUCAAUUGGAGACAGUUACAAGUCUCCUGCUUACAAGGCCACAUUGGAACUCUUGUCACCAUUACCAAACCAGUCGAAGAAAGCCGAGUCGCACCAAUCCAGAACCGUGAAUGUUAGAAGCGGAAGCUCACGACGACGGCGCGUGCGCAUUGUUGGGACUCUAUGCAAGUCUCUGAAACAUCUCCUUCAGAGGUGUACACAGUGCAGCUUUGGAAGGACACAGAUCCACUGUUGUCAUUGACAGUCUGUUCACGAAGGAGUGAGAAUGUGAGGACCUUGUGUUGUUGACUGACCGGAACACGGAGGCCUGGCAGAAUCGAUCACGGCGCAUGGCGCACUGUUCCAGCGCCCUGCACAUGAGACCUCGCAUCACCACCAAACCCAAAGUGAGUAUGCGGCGAUCGAUAGGAACCACAUCGUUCGGAUACUCAUGUGGGUUUGCUAGUGAUGCGAGGAUAACUGUGGAUGCUCAUUUGCUGAACAAGCGGCGAUACAUCGGAACAACAACUGUGACAUGUAACCCAAUGGAUUACUACACAAGUAGCAAGAAUCAGAUCUUCACCAAACAAACAAACUUGGUCGGAUUAGAAUUGUCCGCUUCAAGUGGAAGAGAUCAUGCUUUCAAUUCCCUUGAUGUUAUGUAUAAUUCGCAGUGGUAAAUGUACAUGGUAUGAAGCUAUUUUCAUUCUCUGUAUGCUUUGAUUGAUUAAAGUAAAAGACUUUUCAACAAUAA